ACUACAACUCCCAGCAUGCCCCGGGUCCGAGCGCGGCCCUCUAGCUUGGCCAGGAGUCCCGCAGACUGCUGGGAAAGCGAGUUCCGCGUAGGGGCGGCCAGAUCAGCUCUGGGCCUGUCGGGGCCAGGCUGGGGAGCCCGAGUGUCCCUCCCCCCGCCGCGGGUCCCCUCCCCCAACACCCCCGCCACUCACUCACCUGUCGCCGGGGCCGCGUGCGGGCCGCGCUGGGCCCUGCCGCCGCUGGGGAGCCCGGAGCGCGGAGCCCGGCUGGCGGCGAUCGGAGCCCGGGGCGGGGCCUCUCCCCGCGGGAUGGAGGCGCGGGGAGGCGGCGGGGGCGCGGGGCCCGCCUGCGGCUGCAAGGGGAUCCGCCGCUGCCUGCUCUGCCAGGGGCCCGCGCCGGCCGCUCCGCCCCCGCAGGAAAAGGGUAACUUCACUUAUUGUCCAGCAGCAGGUUUAGCAGUAGGAAAUGAAUGCUCAGAGUUUGCUGGCUGGGCAUUUCCAUUUCCCGGCGUGUUCUUGCUGGAGGAGUUUAUAAACCAAGACGAGGAAUCUCAGAUGGUUCAGCUGAUGGAUCAAGAUGACUGGAAACUAUCACAGUCUGGCCGAAGGAAGCAGGACUAUGGGCCCAAAGUGAACUUUAAGAAAAAGAAGCUGAAAGUUGAUAGUUUCAUUGGCUUGCCCAGUUUUAGCCAGGAGAUUGUGCAGCGAAUGAAGGCUCAUUCUGCGCUAGAGGAUUUUGUUCCUGUUGAGCAGUGUAACCUGGACUAUCUGCCUGAAAGAGGGUCUGCCAUUGACCCACACUUUGAUGACUGGUGGCUUUGGGGGGAGCGACUGGUUAGCUUAAACUUGCUCUCAAAAACUGUGCUGUCCAUGUCUUGUGAUUUGGAGGACAGUCUCCAGUUAUUUGCCACUCUCAGUCAAGGAAGUGGGGAAUCAAAUCGCUCUGCCUCACCUCAAGCUUGUCAGACCCAUAAAUCAAACAACUAUACUCCCACAUCAGCAUGUGAAAAUUUAGGCAGUUGGGAUAUUGACUGCUCAUCUCCCCCAAGACUUAUUCCAUACAAAGAAGUUACUGUAGACAUUCUCUUACCUAGGAGAUCCCUGAUUGUGCUGUAUGGAGAUGCACGCUAUAAGUGGAAACAUGCAAUUUACCGCAAGCACAUUGAGCAUCGCCGGAUCUGUGUCACCUUCAGGGAGCUGUCUGCAGAAUUCGCUUUGGGAGGAAAGCAGGAAAAACUGGGUAAAGAGCUCCUCGAAUUAGCCCUGACAUUUCAAGGAAAACCAGUGUGAACAGGGGGAGAAAAUUGGAAUUAUGAGUUGUUGGGAUAUUUGAAAAUUAAAGUUCAGAUUUUUUGCAGUUUAUCACUGUCUUAUUUGGAGAUUGUUUAAGGGCCAUUAUCGGACCAAAUUAUGCAAAAAUACAAAAGCUAGAUCUCAUGGCAAUGUUAUAACAUUGCAGCAGUUGAAGGUGCUUGCUUGUUUUUAAAGUAAGCCUUACCUUGCAGUAUCAAAACCAAAACCAUUGUAGCAUUAGCUGCUGGAUGAGAAUCAGAAACUGGCUAUUGUACUUUUGUCUUUACUGUAAUGAAAUGCAAAGUAGUAAACAAAUCACUUUAAAAUAAUUACUUGAAGCUAAGGUGUAAACGAGGAAGGAAACUUAGUUUGUAAGUGACUUUCAAUUUGACAGUCUAUAGUCUAAACAUUAUUGUAAAUUGAUCUAUGUUGAUUUUGAUGUUUCAAAUUACUGCAAGCAGAAAAGGGUCUUGUUCUUUAAGCUUUUUGGAUCAUCUUACUGCCUGGACUUUUCUUUUAGGGCUCUAUUUUAAGAAUCCAGGUGCUCUGCCUAAACUAAUAGUGAAUGAAAAAUAAAAUGUCCCUUCCUAUGGGGCAGAAUGUUUCAAACUAUCAUUCUAGGAACUAGUCACUAACCUUCUGGUUCAAAUUCAGUCCAAGCAAUGGAGCAGAUUCCAAACUUUACUUGUCAAGGCUCAGUUCGGAGACACUGCUUUUAGAGCUGCACUGUUCCUUAGGUACAUAAUCUUCUUGUUUGCAUCGGCUAGUUCCUUUAAAAGCCAGCACUCCAGGGGAGGAGCAUAAGUAUCUACCCAUAGAUAAUACAAUACGCACAGAACUAAUUGAAGUAAUUUUCCCUUUACUGAAAAUAUUAACGGUCAUUGUGAGAAUUAAUCAUAUAUAAGUGUAUGACCUACAUCUUCUGGGAUUUCAGAGAGACGGAGCAACAUUUGCAGUGGGCUGUUUUCAAAGACAAUUCAGACAUCUUCAGUAUCUGAACUCUAAGUAGGUUGUGUUCUUUUCUGAGCAUAUGUAAUCUCUGACCUGCCAUUAAUUCACAGUAAUAAAAGUAUGUUUUUAAGAACAAGCAAA